CGAUCGUCGUAGACGUUAGCGGUUUUGUGUGCAACGUCACGUUCCGUCGCGAUUCGCCGGCUGUACCCGCCCGCAUUCAAUCCGAGAUCGGAAGCUCAUCUUAGCGGUUGCUCCGCAGAGUAAGGUGGCACCUUGUUCGCCAAUCACACUGCUUGCUCGGCCUACUUCGAGCAACACGUGGCACGUUCCGGUAGCGCAAUUACUUCCUUACCUAAAUGGGGGUUAAAUUCUUGUGUUCGAUGCGGGAGGCAGCAUAAAAGCAGAACUUAAUCCACGUUGAUGGAAUAAUGAAGCUACUUAUUCACGGUUUUUAUUCGGCUGUUUUGGGAUUUGUUUUUAUUCGGCGAUCGCUCUGGUGCGAUAAAGAAAGUGUGACGAAGUAGAAAUUUAUGUGCUGCACGAAGUUGUUUGUUUUGUUUAUAUUCUUCUCGUAUUGCUAAUGAUGUGUUAGCGGUUUACAAAAUUGAUACGUUUGUGGCAGUGAAUGGGCGCCCGAUUGUUUGAACAAGCUGAUCUGGAAUGAUCGCAGGCUGGUAGCCACAUGAUCAACUGAAAGCAACUACAUUACAGUGUCAGUCAGCCAGGAAUGCAUUUAUGAGCGCAUUAAAGCAGUGCAGUGCGUGAUGAUUGCAACAAUGUGGAACGAAGACUCAUAAUAGACGUAGACCGCAGAACCAUUCGACACUCUUGCCUGGCUGGCUGGUUGGCUGGUUAGGGGUUUCACCGAAUCACCCGAUCGGUUCAUGAAUCUCAACCUCAAAUCACUUGAUCGGAUUUCAGCGGUGUCUCGGUUGCGAUGAUUGACAGCGAACGUAUGACCUUCGGGUUGCACGUGUGUGCGUGUGUAUGUUUAGUGUAACGCGAGCCGUGUAACGUGGUUUGGUGCACCGCAAAGUGGGGUAAUUGUUAGUGGAUCGAUCGUAUCGAUGCACAGGUGCCGACCGUAGUUUUUCACGCCGGUGGCUGCGAAUAUUGAAAAUAAAAAGAAAAUAUCACGAUCGGUUGGAUAAUUGAGGCGGGAUUAUGUUGGGCAGCACUGACGCACAAGCUAAUAUUGGAUUAUCACCGGAUGACUCAUUGCGUGAUUAACGAAACUAUCGUUAUGCGGAGGCUGGCGGGUAUGUGCUGAGGUUUCGUUUCGAUGAGUGUAAAAAAUUCGAGCAAAUAAUAGUAUAAAUUACGACUACCACGCCAAAUGGGGAAGAAAUGUGAGCGAAAAAAGUGUGUGCAUUCUAUCGUUCCGCGCGAAGCAUAGAUGGUGUUUGGUUUUUCAGCCGUCGAAGGCGUGUGGUGAUGAUGGUGCUAAUGAAGUGAUUUACUCAGUUUUAUUCUGUUUGAAUAAAAAGAAAUUGAGUUAAGUGGCAAUGAAAUUAUGGGAAGAAUGCGAGGCAUUGUUUAUUAAAGCGAAACGAAGCUCGCCGUUUGUGUGUCCGACGAAAAAGUGAAAUACUGUUCAGUUGUUUUUGCUGCGCGAGUGAAAGGAUUUACUACACUGAGGAUUCCACGAGGGAAGAAAGAUUUAUCCAUGUCUAGAUAAGGGCGAUGUGCGCUGACAAACUGAACCGCUCCGGUACGACUUUCUCGCAGCGUUUUUGGCCGCACGUCAACCACACGAAAGCACGUAUAUGUAGGUGCAUUCAUUCUGCGGAUAGUCACAGCCUUCCCUUCGCUUGCCGUCGUCGCUAAUCCCGGUGACAUAUUUUUUGGGAAUUUCCCCCUCGAGCUAAGCUGCCGUAAUCAUAGCCAACGUGUGACAAUGGAUAAAUUGGACGAUUUACGAAACUGACGUUGAGCUAAGCUUAGCUCCUAUGCAGGAUGACCGAACCGUCUAAGGCUUUGGCUGUUUCCACUUCUCGUAGUGAUGAUUGUGGGUACCUCAGGAAAUUGUCGGUAGCCGGUAUAGUGGACAAGUUUGAAGCCGUAGCGGUUUCUGACGUCAAUGCGAGUUCAGCGCAUGUUUGCUCGGUUAGACCGGAGUCGCAAUCACUCAGGGGUAGCUGGCAGGGACUGGGGUCUGUUGAAAUAAGCAACGACAACAACGAUUCAGUUGCUCACAGAAUGACACCAGAUAAGGAAGCUGCACUGGAAAUGAGCAGCGGCGGGGUGGUGCCGAUGACGAGAAGUGGUCGACCGCGGCAGCGAAAGACAGCUGUUUAUAAAGGAUUUUGGGGAGACGAAGAUGGCCAGGGAAAAAGCGGUCGAUCCGCGUCCGGAUCCUGGUCUUCUGGGGUCGAAAGCGAUGAGGAAAUGGUUCGGUUUCCGUGCGUCGAACGACUGAUUGAGAUGUAUGCUAAUAUAAUUAAGAAGCAGGAGGCCGAGACGCAGCGGUUUAUGAGUGUUGUCAUGAAUGGGGGCGAUGGUGAAAGAGAAGGCGAUAAAAAACGAUUAGAUAAGACGACGGCUGUCGGGUCACACGAUAAGACAGGUGCGAACGCUGCCCGCCAGGUACAGUCGAGCUCUACGAGUAGUCCUGUAUUGGCCGAGCAGUUAAACGCAGGCAGCACCAGAAUAGGAGCAAACCGUAGUCCGUUUUCGGAUGACGAUUGGAGCACAAACCAACAAAGUCCCUAUUGUUCGAGUGACGAAGACGGCGAUCAAAUGAAGAUCAAAAAUAGAGACAAAGUAACUCGUUCGUCGAGUUCCGAUUCGGCGCUGGGUUUGGAGGAAGAUAUUAGUCAGCAGGAACAGCAACAAAUCAUCAACAGUGUGGGGAAAACGCGCCGCCUAACGCUUGGCGUUUCCGACAUUCCCCUACGUUCUGCACUGCUACCGGUACCGGAGCCAGCACUCCUUCCAACAUCCGACAGUACAACUAUCGGUGUCGAACACUGUCCGACAGUAGUUCGCAGUAAGAUGAUCCUGGAAGCGCAGCUCAUCGAACUCCCCCUGGGCAACGCAGUACCCCUCGCAGACUCCGCCGGUUCAUCCGAGGCUCUUGGAUCUCUCAGUAAUUCGAUCUCACGGCGGGAAUCCGCUCAAAGUUACGUUAGCGAUUCAGGAGUCGAUGGAGUGCGCUACGUUCGGACCCCGUCAGUCGUGGUAUCCGACUAUUCGGAUGAAACGAUGUGCGGCAUCACGUUGGAGGAAAUCGAGUAUCUUCGCCGGCACCAGCUGCGUCGACUGUCGAUCGACUGCGAGUCGGACAUCAGUGCCGCUUCGUCCUGCAGCAAUCUGAACUAUUGCGGGUCGUCGAUCAGCGCCCUGGAAGGUUGUGACUAUCAGUGUGGACUGCGAACACCAGAGCGGAAAGUGUCGGACUGUUCGACCUGUUCGACGCUCAGCAUCGACGAGGAAGAUCCAGCGCUGAAACAGCGGCUUCAGGAGCUCAGCAUUCGUCCGCCGGGGUCAGCCGAUCCGGAGCUGGAGUCGAAAUGCCGUCCCAAGAAGAAGGUUCGUAGACCAUCACCAAAAGUUGCCUUGCAUUUGCCUCGUCAUGAGCAGUAGUACUGCUUGAAGUUAUAUAUUUUAAUUUAUGGUGUUUAAAUUUAAAGUAGGUUAGACAAAUAAAUUUUCACAGUUGCGAAGUUGAUUUAA